GCAGCCGCUCUGGGGCAGGUGGGUUCGCAGCCCCGCGCCGGGGUCUGUGAAAUAACCGGGGGAGGCGCACUUCCGGGAAGACCACUGGCCUGCAGCCGGUCCGACUCGGCGCCGCUCUUCCCGCCCUGGGGUUCCGCUGCAGGGCGCGGAGGAGGAUGGCGCCCUUUGGAAAGGAGCACGAGGCUUUAAUGGGAUCUGGGCACGAAAGCUUCUCUCUGUCCCUUGGCUUCUGUGUGGUCCCAGAAGAUAUGCCUCCUCCAGUUUCAAGGCUGCAGACCUGCAGCUGGAAAUGACACAGAAGCCUCAUAAGAAGCCUGGCCCCGGCGAGUCCCUGGUGUUUGGGAAGACAUUUACCGACCACAUGCUGAUGGUGGAAUGGAAUGACAAGGGCUGGGGCCAGCCCCGAAUCCAGCCCUUCCAGAACCUCACGCUGCACCCAGCCUCCUCCAGCCUCCACUACUCCCUGCAGCUGUUUGAGGGUAUGAAGGCGUUCAAAGGCAAAGACCAGCAGGUGCGCCUCUUCCGCCCCUGGCUCAACAUGGACCGGAUGCUGCGCUCAGCCAUGCGCAUGUGCCUGCCGAGUUUCGACAAGCUGGAGUUGCUGGAGUGCAUCCGCCGGCUCAUUGAAGUGGACAAGGACUGGGUCCCCGAUGCCGCCGGCACCAGCCUCUAUGUGCGGCCUGUGCUCAUUGGGAACGAGCCCUCGCUGGGUGUCAGCCAGCCCACGCGCGCGCUCCUGUUCGUCAUUCUCUGCCCAGUGGGUGCUUACUUCCCUGGAGGCUCCGUGACCCCGGUCUCCCUCCUGGCCGACCCAGCCUUCAUCCGGGCCUGGGUGGGCGGAGUCGGCAACUACAAGUUAGGUGGGAAUUAUGGGCCCACCGUGUUAGUGCAACAGGAGGCACUCAAGCGGGGCUGUGAACAGGUCCUCUGGCUGUAUGGGCCCGACCACCAGCUCACCGAGGUGGGAACCAUGAACAUCUUUGUCUACUGGACCCACGAAGAUGGGGUGCUGGAGCUGGUGACGCCCCCGCUGAAUGGUGUUAUCCUGCCUGGAGUGGUCAGACAGAGUCUACUGGACAUGGCUCAGACCUGGGGUGAGUUCCGGGUGGUGGAGCGCACGAUCACCAUGAAGCAGUUGCUGCGGGCCCUGGAGGAGGGCCGCGUGCGGGAAGUCUUUGGCUCGGGCACCGCUUGCCAGGUCUGCCCAGUGCACCGAAUCCUGUACAAAGACAGGAACCUCCACAUUCCCACCAUGGAAAAUGGGCCUGAGCUGAUCCUCCGCUUCCAGAAGGAGCUGAAGGAGAUCCAGUACGGAAUCAGAGCCCACGAGUGGAUGUUCCCGGUGUGAAGCUGCAGGCUGUGCUCCAGAUCCACCGACCCGUAGCAUCUCGUCACGCCAGCACUCGCCUCCCUACCAAUGACUCACCUGAAGUGCAAUACGAAAUAAAAGGCCAGCGGGCGGCGUCUGGGUCUCUGGCGCCCCCAUGUGGUUGCGACACUCCCAAAGCCGUAAGGGCCGACCCAGGCAUCUUGGCCCCCAGCCCCUCGUCGCGGGUUCAGGUCCUCCCAUUACUCCUUGUCGUAAGGUCAAGGAUACACCUUGGCCCCGAUUCCGGAUCUCUCCGUUCUCAGGCCAGACCCCUGGUGCUGCCGUUGAUUUUUUUUUUCUCUGUCUUUGCUGCAAUUUUGAAAUAAAAUGCCAAAGAACACA